AUGAUCUCUGUCAAUUUGGUGCAGACCGAGUUUUACCAAGCACUCGGCGCUGGAAAGUUUUGCUGGUUUCCAAUUACAUGGCAACGGAUAGGCUAUUCCACCAUGAAUGCGAUCUUGAUUGUCCUGCAGGCCAUUGGAGGUAUAAUGGUUGUGGCAUCCAAUUCCCGCAUUACCAUUGCCUUAGCAACCAAGAUGACCAUUUCCAUCUACGUUGCGCAGACCCUUUUCUGGGCAUUUACUUUCGCAGAGAACAUCUACAUGUCUAUUCGAUUGCGUCGUGACCCGACUUAUCCUAGCCAAACUCUAUAUUCUCGUUGGAGAUCCUGGAAUCAGCUUUUCGGCCUCUCUAUUUCUAUCAUUGGUCUCGGCCGCAAUGUGAUGCGUUUGACAAUGGCUGGUGGAAUCCCAUUUCUGGUCGAAAAUGAAUGGCCGACCUAUGCUUUUGACGGCUACCAGAUGGUCGUGGUCCUGGGCGCCUGGGCAAUCUGGUAUCUGCCAGAGAAUUGUCGGGGAAUUAUAAGCAAACCAGACUGGGUGCAUCUCAGGACCUUGGAAAGAGUGGAAACACCCGAGGAUCGUGAAGAAUGUUAA